UGGGGUAAGCAGCCUCUAGCGUUAGCCUUGACCAGGGCAGGAGCUUGCGCGCGGAACUACAGGCGGAGGAAGGGGGCGGGGCAAGCUAGAGGAGGGGUCGUUAGGAGCGGGUUCGAGCUCCUUACGCACCAGCUGGGCGGCGCGCGCCAGGGUGGGGCAGGGGUGGAGGCCAGCCCAGCGGCGUGGAGGAAAGUUGUGGUAGGGGCGGGGAGAACAAUGUGAAAGGGAAGCCUGUAUUGGGCAGUUAAGGGAGAUGAGGGCGCUAGGCGCUGAGCUUCCAUUACUGAGGGAAGCCGAGGGAGAGUGCAGGUGCAGAGAAGAUGGGAGAAAGCAAACAGGUUCGGGAAUGUGUGCUGGCGGGCGCUAGGACCGGGCGUAGAGGAGGUGCGGCUUUGGGACUGCGAAGGCACGCGCUAGUUUAGAGGUGACGCGAAGGGGGCGAAGGUUUUUGGCGGAGAGACUAAACGCUGCACGGAGAGGAAACUCGGCUGCCUUGGGCUUCGGCUCGCCUUCCCUCGUACUGCUUGCGGGUAGUGCUCUGGUCUAGGGGCGCUCAGCCUCUCGUCGGCCCCACGGCACUUUACUUGCCCCAGCACGCACCCCUGCGCGCCUGGGCCUAGUGGUGGAGGCCGCGGGGGGCCAGGCUGCUCAUUGGCUACUGCGACCGCGGGGCGGGGUAGGUGGGCGACGUUGGACCUCCGAGGGCCUGAGUGUCUUUCCCGCCAUGUCGUUUGUGGAGAGCGGGAGGCGUUCGGCCCUUCUGCGCCGCCGGCCCGGCACCCCUGUCCCGUUCGCUCGACCUCCGUAUUCAGUUUUCAGUCGGGGAGAUAGCUGGGGUGAGGGCGAAGUCGAAGAGGAGGAGGGAUGCGACCAAGUGGCCCGUGAUUUGCGGGCGGAGUUCUCGGCCGGGGCGUCAUCGAAACUCAGAAAGGACCCGGUACUCCGGACAGAUGGGGACGGAUCUCCGAUUCUGCCCGAUAAACGCAAUGGAAUUUUCUCGGCGGAUGCGGGUGGUAAAGCCCUGGCUCGGCGUUGGCCGGUCCAGGUCCUCUCAAUUCUCUGUUCGCUGCUGUUCGCCAUCCUCCUUGCCUGCCUGCUCGCCAUCACCUACCUGAUCGUAAAAGAGUUACAUGCUGAAAAUUUGAAGAAUGAAGAUGAUGUAAACACUGGACUGUUAGGAUUCUGGAGUCUACUUAUAAUAUCCCUAACUGCUGGAUUCUCCUGCUGCAGCUUUUCUUGGACAGUGACUUACUUUGAUUCUUUUGAACCAGGAAUGUUUCCUCCUACUCCUCUUUCACCUGCCAGAUUCAAGAAAAUGACCGGACAUUCCUUCCACAUGGGCUACAGUAUGGCAAUUUUGAAUGGCAUUGUAGCUGCUCUGACUGUAGCUUGGUGCCUCAUGUAAACCUGCACUGAAGCAAAGUACUGGAUAAAACUUACUCAUGAUUACUUUGUAAUAACAGAAGAAUAUCACUGCCUAUUCGGAAGACCAAGAAAGUUGCUGCUCAUUAUGUCGUUCAGAUACAAGUCAUAUCAUCAUCAUUAUGGAGGACUUUUUAAACAUCAUUCUAGAGCCUAGGCAUUGGGAAUGUAUAAGUAUUAAGUUUCAAGUAGUUCUUAAAAGUGUAAGAUGUUUACCUCAUCUUUUUACUUCUGUGUGUGUUGUCCUUAUAAGUUGUAGAAAACAAUUUAAUGCAAAUCAAACUCAGAAACCUAGAUGCAGAACAUCCUGUAUCAAAGCCUGCUUUUCUAUGUAUAUACUACAUUUUUGCUAAGAAAUACUGAUAGUACUUUUGAGAUAGAAAUAUUUCUUAUUUAUUCAUUAUAUUAGAAAAGCAAACAAUGCCUACUACUUUGACAUUUUAUAGAAGCUACUUUUAAAUCAGAAUAUUUAGUUUUCGAUAUAUAAUCAAUAGAAGGUGCACUUAUUUUUUUAACGGGGUAUGGUUCUUUGGUGUUUUUGUUUUUGUUUUUUUUACAUAUUUUCCUACUAUAUAUUGAAUUUGUAUCUUUUUAAAUUGUUGCAUCUAGGCAAAUGUAAACAUUAUUUUUUAUCUGGUGCAAACCUAAUACCUUCCAUUUUUAAUAAGUAUUUUGUCUUUUAAGAAAAGCACAUUGGCCUCACAUUUAAAACUAAGUAAACUUAUUUUUGACAAAAAAGUAACUGAAAAAAGUUUAUUUAAGGAAUGAUAAUAUUGAGGAAAUUUAAAGCUAUUCCCUCUUUCCAUUUUCACAAUGCCAAAUACUUAUCUUGGUGCAUAUAUGGUUACUUCAACAGAACUGAUACUAUCUUUUUUUUAAUAAAUAUAGACUUGACAUUUUUAUAUUUAGGAAUGCUUGAAUUAGUUUGUUUUUAGUCUCCAAAAUUUGGUUACCAAAAUAGAAAAAUAUUUUGAUACAGUGUGUGUACAUGUAUAAUUUUUUAUGUAUAGUUGCCUUAUUUUCCUAUUUAAAUGUUCUUUUGUAAUUGUGUUGUUUUGUUUUUGUUCUCAUUCUAAUUAAGCCUUAAUUGUUCCAAUUCCUUUCUAAAUACCUGCUUAGGAAUAGUCACUUGAAUUUUAGAAAGAUGGACUAUUUAAAAUACUGUUUUCCCUGGCCAUAGGAAAACCUGCCUUAGGAUAGCAUUGUGUAGCAAAACUGCUUAUUCAGGCCAAAUGGGAAAUGAAUAUAUACAUUUGUUCAUGUUACCUGCUAAUUGUUGUUACUGAGUAAAUGAUUUAAUAAUGUUUC